AAUCGAAGUGUUGAAGAUUAUUUCAAGGAAAUGGAAAUGGCCAUGAUGCGUGCAAACAUGGAGGAAGAUAAAGAAGCAACUAUGGCACGUUUUCUUGCAGGGUUGAAUUUUGAGAUUGCUAACGUUGUUGAGUUACAGCAUUAUGUCGAGUUGGAUGACAUGGUGCAUAUGGCCAUCAAAAUUGAAAGACAACAGCGUAGAAAGUCUUCUUACCGAGGUAAUACUCCUUCUAAAGUUUCCUUUAAUCCAUCUGUUACUCCUAAUAAUGCUAGGAAGCAAACACCAUUUAAGAUUAAGGAAAGAGCGGAAACGAGUAGUCCAAAACCUCCCGUUGUUGAAAAUGGACGAGGAAAGCAACAAAUACAAACAGAACGCACAAGAGACAUCCAAUGUUUCAAAUGCCUUGGUAGAGGGCAUAUUGCAAGUCAAUGUCCUAACCGAAGGACAAUGAUGACACGUAUGAAUGGGGAAAUAGAAUCCGAAUCUGACAAUGAUGAGCAAGACACCCCUUUGAUGGACGAUAAUGAAGAUGACGAUCAAGUACAGACUUAUGCAACCGGAGAAGCACUUGUGGUUAAAAGAAGCUUGAAUGCACAACCAAUCCGAGAUGAACAACAACGCGAGAACAUCUUUCACACAAGAUGUCUUGUGAAUGACAAGGUAUGUGUUGUAAUUAUCGAUAGCGGUAGUUGUACUAACGUUGCAAGUACUGUUAUGGUUGAUAAGCUAGGUCUGAAGACAACGAAGCAUCCCAAUCCAUACAAACUACAGUGGUUGAAUGAUGCGGGAGAGCUAAGGGUUACCAAACAAGUUCUUGUACCAUUUUCCAUUGGAAAAUACAAGGAUGAAGUAACGUGUGACGUUGUGUCGAUGGAUGCCACUCACUUAUUGUUGGGACGUCCAUGGCAGUUUGACAAGAAGGUAAUGCAUGAUGGAUUGGAUGAUGUGAGCACGUCUAUGCCAACAAAGGAAACUGAUCCGGAGGUCUUACCCAUAGGACCUAUCACACGUUCUAAGGCAAAACAAUUCAGGGAAGUUCUUUCUCUUAAGUGUUUGCAAAUUAAUAAAUCAAUUCAUAAUUGUCAUGCCUUAGAAAUGAAGAUUCUUAAUGUGUUACAUACUGAUGUGUAACACCACCUUAGUUAUGCUAGGGAAACAUAUGCAUUUUAUUUACAUUUCAUGUUAGCAUAUACAUUUAUCAUUUCAUGUGCAUUUUUUUUACAUUCACAUAAUAGCAUGAUCAUCAUUUGUUAUGCAUAACAUCAUGGUUAGUUAAUUCACGUGUUUCAUCAUUUGAUUUGCAUAAACAACAUAUUUACCAUUUGUUUAGCAUGUUUCACGUGCACCCACAUUCAUAUAAUAACAUGUUCAUCAUUUGAUUACAUAACAGCAAGUUUAGUUGCUUUCACGUGCACCCACAAUCACUUUUCAGCAUGUUUCUUUUUAUUAUCAUUCAUGUGCACUCAUUUUAGUUUUAAUAUUUAAUUAUUUUUAGUUAUUAUAUCAUGCAUGUUAGCUCAUAAUAACACAUACAUGCACAGCAGCAAGAUAUUUGAUUCAUUCCAGUGGACAGUUCACGUCACUUAUAUUUAUCACCAGUUUUGAACAUGUUACAAGCAUAAUUGGGAGAUUAAGUCUCUUAGAAUUUAAUCCCCUAUCUCUUAGCUUUCCAAUGCAUUUUGAAUCGUGUCAAUCCGAUACUGGAAGCUUGAGAUAUUCACAGAUUACCGAAGACAGUACAGGCUGGAAAUAAAUACGGGAUUUACAACUAAAUUAAUCAUUCCAGCACAUUUAAUUUAAAUACUUGCUUAUUAUCUUCUUUGCACAUGUAGGCACGUCAAAACAGCCUGGAUAAGCAUUAUAAAGACAUAAAUAAGUCCAUGAUUGGAGGAGACAAAGAAACCAGCUGAAAUCAGACCCAUACUUUGCUGACUAUAUUAUCACUCACGUAUGUUGGAGGGAACCCAUAAUGUUGCACAUGUUUCCAGCAUUUAUUUGCACCAGAAUAUUAUCCAUCAAAACAGUCCAUGUGCGUAUGCUCCUUUCCACUACCCAACCAUGUGCGUGAACCAACUAAGCAAUUAUUUGAAGGAUCAUACGUGCUGAUCAUCCAAGGAGACAUAUACUUUGAAAACAGCCCAUGUGCUUGGCACUAAGCUGGAUGAUGCUUCCACUUAAGCAUCAAUUUGAAGGAACGUGAGUAUUACCUGGCCAUGAAGAGUUGUCUCCAUUUUACACCGAAUCAUCACUUGAAUUCAUGGAGAAUUAUGAACUGGAAUGUAUUAUUUGUUAGACGUAAUAGCUGGCCAAAAACACUAUGUGUUAUUCGGCUAAGCAUUUGAAACAGAUUAAAUAAGCUUGUAAUUUCAUUUUGGAAGGAACUUGGAUAAAUUAAAACUUUGUGAGUUAUUCUCUCAAAUUGGUUCUUCUUAGAACUAUUUUCUUGACAUUUCAAGAUUGUUCUUGUUGUGUUAAGUUUGUGAUACUUAGGGUUCUUAGAUUACUAUCUAAAGGGUCCAAGUCCUUGAACAUUGGACGUAUAAGGUUCGGGUUUAUACUCUUUAGUAUAGGUUCUUCCUUGUUCUUUGUUAUUAUCCAAUUUCCAGCAUCCUAAAUUCCAUUACCUCAUCUAUCAAUUAUCAUUCCUUAUUCAAAUUUCGUUCAUAUCCAUAUCCAUAUAACCCCAACAUCAUCCUUACUAUCAAGUGAGUUUGCUGCCGAGGAAUUGCUUACUUCGUUCUAGAUCCGGUA